CCUCAGUGCUUCCUUCACAUGCUGACUGGCUGCUCUAUGGACCAUGCUGGAUAAAGACUAAAAAAGGCACAUCAGACUGUAGAGCUGAAGUGAGCUCUGAAAAUGUCUCAGUGAUGAAGUUACCUAAAGGAUACAUAAAGAAACCACAUAUGAAGACAAUGUGAUGUCUGGACAUACCUGAAACAGUUCUGUGAGAACAUGACAUAUGGACUGCUGGACAGAGAUAAACUGCUGAGAACGCCAGAAUGAAGUGAAAGAGAUGGAUCGCUGUAGGAAAACGUGGGAGGUGUUGUUUUUCUGCUUUCUCUGCUGGAGAACUGGAUGCUGCAUGAAGGUCAUGUGUAACGGCGUCCUCUGGGUGGAGCCAGCGGACACUGUAGUCUCCAUGGGCUCUGAGCUGACCGUCCUCUGCCGCUCCUACAACAAGCAGUGUGGCAGGCGUUUCUCCAUUUCCCUCAACCAGCAACCCCAGACACCUCUGCAGGUGCUCAACUGCUCCACCGUGAGGCUGCGCCUGGCUAACGUCAGCACACCCAAAUCUGAGCUGAUCUGCAGAGUGAGCAAUGGUAGUCUGGAGCAAACCGUGUGCGGAAUGGUGCUCCUGUCUGGAUUUCCUCCGGAGAAACCCACUGGGAUAAGAUGUUUUGCCACGAAGGAUUCAGAAAAUGUCAGCUGCACUUGGAACAAAGGAAGGCAAACACACAUACUCACCAGCUACAGCGUGACAUUCCAACAUAAAAAUGGGGCCCAGUCGUUUCAUGUUCAGAGCCAGAAUGAGAGCGCUCUCUGUGUGCCGCGGUCCAUGUUUGACGGGAAUGGGGAGUACAACGUCAGCGUGCGAGCUGAGAAUGACUUGGGAGAGUCUGCCUCCGAUGUCGUUCCGCUGUCAGUUGCGGACUUAGUUAUACCCAGCACCCCUAAAAUCAUAGCGGUGGAGUUUGAGAAUAGCUCCCUGUCUGCUAUGCUACGUUGGAAUAUUUCUGAAUCGCUGGGACCAUGGAAGACCAAAGUGAGAGUCAGAGAGGCCAGAGGUGACAAAGAUCCCUGGGUGGAAAAACAGGGGACUGAGGAGAGUCAAGGCCUGCUGCUGCUGAAAGGCUUCAAACCGCUGACCCAGUAUGAGUUUCAGAUCCAAGUGUGCUUUGCAGAAGGAAAAUCUAAGUGCAGCGAAUGGAGUCCAUCUGCAUGGCAUAUGAGUCCAGGAACAGCACCUCAUAGACAAUUGGAUGUCUGGAGAAUAUUCAGAGGCAUUCAGAAGGAUGGAACAAACAGGGUUACAGUACUAUGGAAGGCCCUUACUCCUGAAGACUACAAAGGUGUGAUGCUGGGCCAUGAGAUUGUUUACCAGGAGGGCGGCCAGGAACGGGUGCAUACCUGUGAUGCCGAUGUAACAGAGUGUAAUCUCCGAGUGUCACCUGGAGUGAAGACUCUCUUUGUCAGCGCCGUCACAUCCGCAGGGAAAUCCCCUCCUGCCGCUCUACACAUCGCGCAGACACGUCUUGCUGCACCUUGCGUGAGAGAUUUGGCUCCUGCAGGUGAGGACCGUGUUUUCCUGACCUGGGACAUGCACCGUCAUCCGACCGAAUCAGCACUCUUCUACAUUGUUCAGUGGCAGAGCCACUCUCUGAAAAUGCAGUGGAAGAAAGUGGCUGCUGACCACAAUUCCACACAUGCUGAAGGUCUGAAACCAGGGGUCAGGUUUAAUGUGUCCUUGUAUGCAGUAACUUCAGUGGGUGCAUCUGAACCUGCGUCCAAACAAAUCUAUUCCAAAGAAGAGACACCACUCUCUGGACCCAAGGUGUCUGUGCUCACAAUUGAGGCCACCCGUAUACAGGUCCAGUGGGAGGAGCUUGAUUUGGACCAACAGAGAGGUUUCAUCACAAACUACACCAUCUACAUGAGGAAUCGCAGAACCAGGCAACAGGUGACCCUGGCAGGCUCCAUGUCCAGACGAAUGUGGCUUGUUGAUGUGGACGCGGCCUUUGACCUUCAUGUCUCUGCUUCCACCUCUGCUGGGGAGGGCCCACUGGAUGGCUCAAAUAUUGGGCUGAGCUUCGUAAUUGCUGGACUUCUGGUGAUUCUGGCAAAUCUGAUUUGUUGGAAUAGGAGAAGGAUCAAGAGGACAUGCAAAACCAUUGGACCUCAGUGGUUAUUUGAGAAAUUCCCCAGAGUUGAAAACAGCACUGCCACAAAACUGUUGCAGGAGAAGGAGAGAGGCGAUUCAGACUCUUUCUGGCAGUCUGUGUACAAUGACCCACCCAUUACUCCAGUGGAGAUCAUCCCAGUAGAGAGAACCAACUGGUACCCCUCACCCCGGGCGGAGGAGAACACUGAUGGUGUCAUGGUGGCAGCAAUGCCGUCCCCAGUGGAGCCAGAGACUGACCUGCUCCUGGCAGAGAGACACGGAUACAAGCCUCAGAUCACUGGUGGAACUCUGGAGGAGGAGGUCCCAGAGGAGGAGGAUCCAUGGCUGACCCCGCUGCACACAGAAAUCGGUCCCAUUUCAGAUGAGGCAGGGGCACCUUACAGCCCGCAGGUGUGUGGACUUCUGAGAGGGUGGCUCUCUGACUUGGCCCAGGACAGAUCUAGCACAGGCCUGAGCACCAUGGGAGGCAUCCACUUCAAAGGCACGCCCCAGACUCUUUUCAGCGGAGAGUCCUGGCUGGAGGAGAGGCCAGCGGUGCAGGGAGACAGCUCUGAGGGGCAGACCCUGCUGCCGGAUGAACUGGUCAGAUGCCUGAACAGCCCUAUGAUGGAGUACGGUCCCUUUCCUCAGGGCAUUGUCUUGCACAGCACACAAAACCACCACUGAGAAUGGGAGUACGAGUGAUGUAAGUUAGAGGGACAUAGAGAGCAGGCUGGCCAUUUAUGAACUAGGACUUC